AAUUCUGCACUUGCUGCUUCCGCCGCGCAGCCGCCGCCGUGUGCUCGAGAUGCUGUUGCUGCUGCCCCAGCUCCGCCGCACCCUGCUCUGCGGCCCCUGGCAGGCGGGGCUUCGAUGGCAGCAUGCUGCCUCAGUGAAGGUGUCCAACGAACCUGUCUUGGCAUUCACCCCAGGCAGCCCUGAGCGAAAAGCCUUGCAGCAGGCCUUGAAGGACCUGAAGGGUAAGACAGAAGCCAUUCCAUGUGUCAUUGGGGAUGAAGAAGUAUGGACCUCAGAUGUGCAGUACCAGGUGUCGCCAUUUAACCAUGGGCAUACAGUGGCCAAAUACUGCUAUGCUGACAAGGCCCUACUCAACAAAGCUGUUGAGGCUGCCCUGGCUGCCCGGAAGGAGUGGGACCUGAGGCCCAUUUCAGAUCGGGCCCAGAUCUUUUUGAAAGCUGCAGACAUGCUGAGUGGCCCCCGAAGGGCAGAGGUCCUCGCCAAGACCAUGCUUGGACAGGGCAAAACUGUGAUCCAGGCUGAGAUUGAUGCUGCCGCCGAGCUGAUUGACUUCUUCAGAUUCAACGCCAAGUAUGCCAUGGAGCUGGAGGGCGAGCAGCUCGUCAGCGUCCCUCCCAGCACCAACACAGUGGUCUACCGAGGCCUGGAGGGCUUCGGCGCCAUCUCUCCCUUUAACUUCACAGCAAUCGGAGGCAACCUGGCUGGGACUCCGGCCUUGAUGGGCAACGUAGUGUUGUGGAAGCCCAGUGACACAUCUAUUCUGGCCAGCUACACUGUGUACAAAAUCCUCCGAGAGGCCGGUCUGCCCCCAAACAUCAUCCAGUUUGUCCCUGCCGACGGGCCCGUCUUUGGAGACACGAUCACCAGCUCAGAGCACUUCUGUGGGCUCAAUUUCACUGGCAGCGUGCCGACAUUUAAACGCCUAUGGAAGCAGGUGGCUGACAACUUGGAUCGUUAUCACACCUUCCCACGUUUGUCAGGAGAGUGUGGCGGGAAGAACUUCCAUUUUGUCCACAGCUCAGCGGAUGUGGCCAGUGUGGUGAGUGGGACGCUGCGCUCCGCCUUCGAGUACGGUGGUCAGAAGUGUUCGGCCUGCUCUCGCCUCUAUGUUCCUGACUCGCUGUGGCCCCAGAUCAAAGAGCAACUUCUGCAGGAGCACAGCCAGAUGCGAGUGGGAGACCCUGUGGAGGAUUUUGGAACAUUCUUCUCUGCUGUCAUUGAUGCCAAGGCUUUUGGGCGCAUUAAGAAAUGGCUGGAGCACAUCCGGUCCUCACCCAACCUUAGCAUCCUGGCCGGGGGCCAGUGUGAUGACUCUGUGGGCUACUUUGUCCAGCCCUGCAUCGUGGAGAGCAAGGACCCGCGAGACCCCAUCUUGAAGGAGGAGAUCUUUGGCCCCAUCCUGACUGUCUAUGUGUACCCUGAAGGCCAGUACAAGGAGACUCUUCGGCUGGUGGACAGUACCUCCCCCUAUGGCCUCACGGGGGCAGUGUUUGCUCAGGAUAAGAACAUCAUUCAUGAGGCCACGAAGAUGCUGAGGAACGCAGCCGGCAACUUUUACAUCAAUGACAAAUCUACCGGUGCAGUGGUGGCUCAGCAGCCCUUUGGGGGCUCCCGCGUGUCAGGGACAAAUGACAAGCCAGGUGGCCCCCAUUACGUCCUCCGCUGGACCUCACCUCAGGUCAUCAAGGAGACGCAUGCUCCCCUUGGGGACUGGAAGUAUUCCUACAUGCAGUGAGCUGGGGGGCCAGCUCCUCAUCUGUCCAAGCUACUGACCAGUUGUCUGCCUGCACUGUUAGCUCCUGACCUUCUUUUGCCCGUCUCUGCCCCUGAGCUGAGUCUCUGGGUAGUGAUGUCAGAUUGUGCACACGCACAUGCACUUGUCCCCGCCCCCCCAACACACACACACACACACACACACACACACACGCACAUGUAGUUGUUCCCACACUCCUACCAGUUCUUCUAGCUCAGUCCGUGGAAGCUGCCAUCUGGAAGGUGGACUUGGCAAGGCUCUGAGUUGGGUGUCGUCAGGAAAGUGGCCAAAACUGGUGGUGGAUUUCCCUUCUCUGCCCUUCUUGAAGUUGUGUUAACUCUUUGCACAUACACCCCACACCCCCACAGGGUUUUGUCCUCCGGGGCAGACAUAGACUUACCUCCUCCUGUCCCUUAAGGGCUGUCACUGAAUUUCACCAGAGCCUUAAGAACUGAAGGGGAAGGGUUCCUUUUCUGUGCUUCAUCUUAGAAAAUUACCUUUAGCCAAUGGUUCUCAGUGCUGGCUUCCUGCUUGCCUUGUGUCUCCCUCUCUUUCUUGGUCUUUUACUCUCAUGUGUGGGCACGUGUUUUGUGUGUAGGUAAAAGCAGAGCAUCCUUCCCCGCUCUCUGUAGGUGCUUCCCUAGUCUGCCUUAAGCCUGCCUGGAUAGGACCAGGCCCAGGGAUCUGCCCCCUCGGACACUGUGGUGGCUGGGUCCAUGUAACUCUUUACUCUGGGGGCAUACUGUAAAUAGCCUGAGGGGUUCAUCUAGCUCCUUCCUUAUCUCUCCUGUGGUUUCAGCCUUAUGCCUCAUCUCUUGUUAGCUAGAGUUUAGCUUAUGACCCUUGUCCCUGGGGCAGCACUUCCAAAGAUGCCAGGUUCCAGCCAUCUCAGGCCCUUGGGGAUGGAGAAGCCUGAAAUGUGCCUAUAGGGAGUAUGCCCAAUAAACCUUCCCAGCCCUUCUAGCUCCCAAGACCCACUCGGGGCCCAUUGCCCUUGGAAUGUUCUGUGCUUCCAAAUGCAGACCAUCCAUGUGACCCUGGGGAAAUCACUUCAUCUCUCUGUGCCUUGGUUUCCUUGCCAGAUAAUUACCCAGUUAGCCCUGGAUCCAUUUGAGGCAGCCGAUUGGCCCCUCACCUGAAGGGUUCCCGCAUUAGAACAUAGUGGGGUCAUAGGCAUUUGAGUGGAUCCUGAGAUGUGAUUGGGUAUUUAGGCUGCGUUGAUCCUGGGGGAAGGAGGAGCAGCUGUCUUGGGGAGCAAUGGAAAAAGCAACAGGAUGGCUGGUUCUCUGUGUCCUCAGAAACCUCAAACACGACUGUUCCUAAUGUUUCUGGUUGCCAUCUCCUUCUGGGAUUGUACUUGGACAUCACUAGCGCAAGUCAGCCUGCAGUUGACGCCGGCCCUUGAGGGGGAGAGGGGAAUCCUGUUGUUUUUGCUUCAGGCACGUUUGUAUUUUUCUGUACUGGAGGGGGAAUGUAAGGAGAGUGGGGGGGUCUUGGCUCAGAGAGGUUUCCCUGUUUCUGAACUGUGAUGUGGAGUGUGGGUGUGCACUGGCUACUACCUGUUGCUUAAUAAAAUUCUGGGUAUUUGUGCAA